CGUUUUCAUUCACCAUUUAUCAUUGCCUUCAUAAAGUCGCAAGAACCAUUCGUGUAAUUCAACUUUCUUCAAAUUUUGUAAAGUGUAGUAAAUAAUUCUUUUAUCACAAUGGCGUUAUCAUUACCGCCACCAAUAAAUAUUUCAUACGAUCCGGAGAUCGAUGAAAAAAUGCUGCGUGGUGCACCUGAAAUGGGUGCUUUGGUGAGUGCUAAAGUGGCUGCACCACCUUAUGGACAGAGAAAAGGUUGGAUUCCACGAGCCGAAGAGGAUUUUGGUGAUGGAGGUGCUUUUCCAGAAAUCACAGUCGUUCAAUACCCAUUGGGUAUGGGCGCACCACAUAAUGCUGGCAAAAAAUCAAAUGCCUUGGCUAUAAAAACAGACGCAACGGGAAAAGUUCGAUAUGAUAUUAUCGCUCGGCAGGGUCAUGGAAAAGAUAAAAUCGUCUAUUCGAAUAUUAGUCAAUUAUUGCCAGCUGAAGUACUGGCCGAAGAUGACGAACUGUUGAGGCGACCUGAUGACGAAAAAGUGGCCGAAACAACAGAAGCUACCCGCCGUGCAUUGGAAAAAUUAACAAAUCAAAAGGUGUCCGCAGCAUUACCCGUUCGUGCGGCAGAAAAAGCAGGACCAGCCCAAUAUAUACGCUAUACACCGUCGCAACAAGGCGAUCAAUUUAAUUCAGGAGCAAAACAACGGGUUAUUCGCAUGGUAGAAGCACAAGUCGAUCCAAUGGAGCCACCAAAAUUCAAGAUUAAUCAGAAAAUUCCAAGGGGACCACCGUCACCACCAGCACCGGUAUUACAUUCACCAUCUCGUAAAGUAACAGUGAAAGAGCAAAAAGAGUGGAAAGUACCGCCGUGCAUUUCAAAUUGGAAGAAUGCAAAAGGUUAUACCAUUCCAUUGGAUAAACGAUUGGCGGCCGAUGGUCGUGGUUUACAACAAGUACACAUUAACGAAAAGUUUGCAAAAAUGGCUGAAGCAUUGUAUAUUGCCGAUCGAAAGGCUCGUGAAGCUGUCGAGGCACGAACACAAUUAGAAAAGAAAUUGGCAGCCAAAGAUAAGGAAACGAAAGAACAACAAUUGCGACAAAUGGCACAACGGGCCCGUGAAGAACGUGCCGGUAUUAGACCGAUUGACGAGGCUGGUACAAAUGUGGACACACGUGAACGUGAUGAAAUUCGUGCUGACCGACAUCGUGAGAGAGUUCGUGACCGAAAUUUGGCCAGAGCAGCACCAGAAAAACGAUCGAAAUUGCAAAAGGAGCGUGAACGUGACAUUUCCGAACAAAUUGCAUUGGGUGUGCCUGCAAAACGUGUUAACAAUGAGGGUGAAACAAUGUUUGAUCAACGAUUAUUCAACACAUCCAGAGGGAUGGAUGCUGGAUUUGGUGAUGAGGACGGCUAUAAUGUAUAUGAUAAACCAUGGCGUGAUGCCAAUUCGAUGGGAUCACAUUUGUAUCGGCCCAGCAAACAAAUCGAUCAAGAUUUAUAUGGUGGUGAUUUAGAGAAAAUUGUUAGUACUAAUCGGUUUGUACCCGACAAAGAGUUCAGCGGCACCGAUCGCUCAGCACAAAAUACACGUACAGGUCCUGUACAAUUUGAAAAAGAAGAGGAUCCAUUCGGUUUGGAUCAGUUCUUGAACAUGGCCAAGAGAACCAACAGGAAGGACGGGAAAGACGACAAAUCAUCAUCAUCGUCAUCAUCCAAACGCCGAAGAAAUUAAUCUUCUUUUUUUUAUUCAACCUAAUAGGGUUUCAACCUUAAUUUUUUUUUCAAAUAAAAUUCUUGAUAUUGUAUAGCCGAAAACUUUUCGGGGUUUUAUUUCAAUAUUUUGCCUAGGGGAUCGAAACUUGAAAAAAAACUUCAAAUAAACACAAUUUUGUAAGAAUUAUAUUGUGAUUAUAUAGUUCAUAUAAAGCAGCGAUGUGAAACACACCCAACAAAAAAUAAAAUUUUAUAUUAUUCAAUAUAGUCAAAAUGGGUGAACAUUCAUGAAUAUGCUUGGUUAAAUGCCAAUAAAAAUUACUUCCGAGCCUCUA